UAACUGUGCUUUGUUUCAAGGUACAGAAGAAGAUGUCUGGGUGCUGCGGCUGUUUGCAGCAGUUCUCUCUGUGGGAACAAAUGCUAAAGGCGUAUAAAUAUAUGAGCGAGAUUUUAUCGGUGACUCACACUUACAAGGAUCCUGCUGACGGCAACAGGAAGCUCAGCAAAAUGGAUAUCAGUCAUCUUGAGGAACAAUACUUCGGCAUGAAGCAAAAGCAAAAGUUACAGACUCACAUAAUUGUGUUUAAAGCAGGUGAAAAUGAACUGAUUUCAAGGGAUUCCACCCUCAACAUAGUUCCUGUGACUAGGAGAGUUCAGAAAACGAAGCCAUUUAAAGAACAGAUCCCCGUGAAAGAGGUCGCCCUGGAACUGCUGGAUAAGAACUAUCUGAAGGACAAGCAUGGCCCAUGGCACGCUCACCUGAGCAUUCACCGCAUGGUGCAGAUGGAUUGUCAUUGCAAUUAUGAUGAAAGGACAGUUGAACACAAGAAAGGCAUUGAUAAAAGUAUAUUGUUUAACAGGUUGCUGAGCUCUGAACAGCAGCCAAGGAAAGACUCAGAAGACAUUACAGGAGAAAUAGAAACUUGUGGAAUGAAAAAGGAUGACAAGUCUUUCAAUAGUCUAUACAGGAAAUCAUCCCUCCAACACCCAAUCCCUACAUCCUGGGGUCACUAUCAGUUUCCUUCUUCCAAACCUUCUUCCCCCACAGAGAAACUGUUCUUCUAUCCCUUUCCUCAGAAGAAAAAUCCACAUAUAUCAGAAACAGCCAGAAAGCUUGGUUUAUAUGUAACACAUUAAAGCAAAUAUUUGGAAAUCCAUCAAAAAGUAAUGUGACCUUCAUGUGAACAUUUUCAAUUAGCUUGCACUUUAACUUUCAAGUCUGAAAUUAAACCGAACAAUAAAACCUUUGUUAUGACGUUUAACAUUACCAUAUGUCACUAGG